AUGCCCAGCUACGAACUCUACUACUUUGACUGCCGAGGAAGAGGCGAGUUGGUCCGAUGGCUCUUCACUUACGCUGGAAUUCCCUUCAAAGAUCACAGAGUUGGCCUUGAUGAAUGGCCAAAGAUCAAGGGAGAUAAGAACUGUAAGCUUAUCUUACAAAGUUAGAGCUCCGACAGUUAAGAAAGGCCCCUCAAUUUCCAAUUUUCUUAUGUUAGCGGUAAUUCAGAACAACCUAGCUGGUGGAUCCAUACUUCAAACGCAUAAAUUGAAUACUAUUUUAAUUGUGCUAUCGGCGCAAUCUGAGCAACUAAAUAUACCGUAAAAAAUCUUAUACGCAAAAGAGUUUGAGGAGUAGGCUACAUGAUCCAGUGGCAAAAAACGUAUCAUUUUGCAUCAGGGAAGUAUCAAAAAUGUGGCAAAAUGCCUCCCUCUCCAACUAAAAAAACUCCGGUUUCAAAAGCGCGCCGCCCUCACAAAAAGAACGGAGCGCUUUUGAAAUCGAAGUUUUUUUUCGCUUGGAGAGGGAGGUAUUUUGCCACAUUUUUGAUUCUUCCCGGAUGCAAAAUGGUACGUUUUUGGCCAAUGGAUCAGGUCCGUCACUGUAAGGAGGGAAGUGAUGUAGGCCCUCACAAUGAGACUCUAAUUCUGAAACCCGAAAAUUUGCAAGAUUUAUAGAGAUCUUACAAAUUUAAUCCGUCUUUUACAACCUCCUCUACUCAUUCCCUUUCCAGUAUUUCCCUACGGAGUGAUGCCGAUUCUUUGGGUGGAUGGCACUCGUUUGGCCGAAUCGCACGUGAUCAAUCGCUAUGUGGCCAGGUUGGCAAAACUCGACCAUUCCGACGACCCGAUCGACCAUGCCCAUCUGGACGAGGUCUACGAGAUUUGCCGCUCAUUCUACGACGCCGCCAUCCCAUUUGUCUUGGCCGCAAGCGGCAUGCAACCGGGCGACCCCAAAAAGUUGUUGGAUGAAGCUUUGGUGCCAGCCGUGCAAAAGUAUUUCCCACUGAUAGAGGGCCAUAUCAAGGAGAAUGGAUGGUUCAGCGAGCGCGGCAUCUCACAUGUCGACCUGUUUUUUGGCCACAUGCUGGACAUGUUGUUUUGGCUGGCGCCGGGCUACAUGGGACAGCAGAAGGAGGAGGCCGCGUUCUACAAGAGAAUUCAGGAAGUCCCACAGUUGAGAGAGUAUUUUAAAAAUCGGAAAUAUUGA